GGGCCAGCAGGAAAAGUUUCCCAGUGAACUCUUUCCUCUCCUCCGCCUCCUCUUCCCUCCGCACUUCCCCUCGUCCGUUCACCUCGCAGUCGGAGCAGACGUGCCGGGGAGAGUGUUGGGUUUCUGCGACAAUGGAAAUUCAAUCCCGGGGACGGCGGCUCGGUUUCCCGCGAGCCGCAGCUCGACGAGCGCAGCGAGAGGAUCGAGAGGUUCACAUCCCGCUGGACAGCCUGAAGAGGAUGUUCGAGAGGCCGCCGGCCCACAGCGCAGAAGUCACUUCCCUCCACUCCCCUGCCGCCGCCGCCGCCGCCGCCGGACCGACACCCUGCGGCCGCUCGGCUGAUCCCAGCAUGUCCUCGCCGCCGUCCGCUCCACCUGCAGGCGGCGAAAGCACGCAAAGGCCCGACGAGAAGACCCCAGGCGCCGAGGACCAGGAGGCGGAGCCGGUGUCCGUCAAAGAGCGGCUGGCGCUGUAUCAGGCCGCCGUGUCCAGGAAGGAGAGCUCUGCCCCUUCUGCGGUGAUGGAGGACUCAGAGGCGUGUUCGCUGCCGGGCGGUCUGGCCAGCGUCAAGAGGCAGUUUGAGAACCAGGAGUUCUCCUCGUCGUCGUCCCAUUCCACCGUCACUCAGGUGCACUUCCAGCAGAGAUCGGUCCAGGAGGUGUCGAGCUCCUCGGAGGUGACAGUACGAAGCAGUGCCAGAGAAGUUGCCCCCCCCACGGCUCUCUCUCGACAGCAGAUGAUCCACGAUCAAAGCGUCCACCAAGAAAACGUGGCUGCAGCUCACGGGAACCAUUACAAUGAAACAGUUAUGCUGGUUGGGGGAGAGGACCUGCCAAAGGGUUCCACUCAGGCUCUGAAGCAGCAGCAUGAGAAAAGCAUCGAGGAAGCCGCACCAGCCAAGAAAAUUAAGGUUGAUGUGGAUUUCGAUCAGUUUCAAUGGACAGGAGUUGCGCAGUCCUCCAAAAAGUCUGCUACCAAAAGCUCUUCUGCCAGCGUGAAGACCGUCACCUCCUCCUCGGCAGCGUACGAGUCGACUGAUCGGUUCCCUCCACCGCCCUCCAAUCAGCAGGUAUCCCAAGAAAUGUCAGAGCACAACGUCUCUAUGCAGUCUCAAGAUUCCCAGAUUAAAGCAAGCAAGGAGCAGUACUUCAAACAGAAGAGUAUGGCUGAGCUGAAGCGCCUCUACAAGCACAUUCACCCGGAGGUGCGCAAGAACCUGGAGGCGGACUUCCUGAGCCAACUAACUGAGGCAGAGAAGGCGGAACUGCAGGGACAGGAAGUCAUGGGUGACGUCCAGCAAGCAUGUUACUUGUUCGAGAACGACGGAAACGGCUCCAGUCGGUGUUCCAGCCCAGACAGGGAGUCCCUGGAGUGGGAGGAGAUACUGAAGGGCGAAGUGCAGUCCAUGCGCUGGAUGUUCGAGAACAAGCCGCUGGACACCAUUAGAGACGACACCCCGGACGAAAUGCAGAACAUCGCCCAGCAGGAGAUAAUCGCCGGCAAGGACGUCCGGUACACAGCCUGGAUGUUUGAGACGCAGCCCAUGGAUGCUCUGGGGACAGAGACUGAUGACACCACUGAGGAAACCCAGAAGCACUCCGAUCUUGCGAGAGGUGACGUCCGAACAGCCACUUGGCUUUUUGAAACUCAACCUCUGGACUGCUUGAACAAGAUCUACCAAGAAGACGAACAGGAGACAGACGUCACGGCGAAAGACAUCACAGGCGGGGACGUCAAGACUGCCAGGUACCUGUUUGAAACCCAGCAUCUGGAUUCCCUGGGGAAGAUGGAAACCAUCGAGGAGAGCCACUUCCUGAACUUGAAGUCUGAGCUUGAGGAGAUCAAAGGUGACGUGAAGACGACUACUCGCAUGUUCGAGACGCAGCCCAUGUGCGUCAUCAGGGGGGAUUCGGGGGAGAUGCUGGAAAUCACCACCAUCCGCAGGGAGGAGACCGAGAAAGGAGACGUGAAGACUUCCCGCUGGAUGUUUGAAACUCAGCCUCUCGAUAUGAUCAACAAAGAUCCGGCAAAAGUGAAGCUCAUAUGCGGCAUCUCCAUGGAGGACAACAUUCAAGGUGGCGUGAACAAAGGCAGGUGGAUUUUUGAAACCAAGACUCUCGAUACCAUCAACGAUGAGGAGUGGGAAAGUUCUCGGAAGCAAAAGGAGGAAAUAAUUGGAGCUGACGUGAGGAGGCACUGCUUUGUUUUUGAGACGCAACCCAUGGACACCCUGAAAGACAAUACCAACGCUCGGCCUUUGCCCUGCGAGGAAAUCAUGGGCGGUGAUGUUCAGUCGACCAGACAUCUGUUUGAAACCGUACCCAUGGAAAAUCUGAAAGAGCUGCUGGAAGUGGGGAAGCUUCAGAAAAUGGUCGCAUCUGAGGAAGAAAAAGGUGACGUGAGGCAUCAGAAGUGGGUCUUUGAAAGCCAGCCGCUGGAGAAUAUAAGAGAGGAGAAGAAGGAACUCACAAGGACUGUGAACAUCCAAGCCCUCGACAAAGGAGAUGUGAGCAACUACAAGGAAAGGUUUGAAAGCAUGGAUUUGAGCAAAUGUGAGGGAGCCCAGAAAAUUCAAGUGGAAGGUGUCAUGAGUGGAUCGGUCAAGUCCAACAGAGAGCUUUUUGAACACACACCCAUGUAUGCGAUGCAGGACAGCUCUGGCCAUUACCAUGAGGUGAGGAUGGUGAGACGGGAGGAAAUAGUUAAAGGAGACGUACGCAGCUGCAGGUGGAUGUUUGAAACUCGUCCGAUUGAUGAGUUUGAUGAGAGCAUCAAUAAGUUCCAGAUUAUUAAAGGUAUUUCGAAACAGGAGAUUGAAUCGGGAGAUGUUAAAACCGCGAAGUGGUUGUUUGAAACCCAACCACUCGAUGCCAUUAAAUUUUUCAGCAACUGUGAAGAAGAAGAGAAUAAAACAAAAGAGGGUAUUGAAAUAGAGAAAGGGGACGUGAAGACAUGCCGGUGGCUGUUUGAGACACAACCGAUGGAUGUUCUGUACGAAAAGGUGGAAAAAACUGAGAGUGACGUCAAAGAAGUGCAAAAAGGCGACGUGAAAACCUGCACUUGGCUUUUUGAGACGCAGACACUUGACAACAUCCGCGAUCAUUCAGAGUCAGAAACGAUUCUGAAGACCUGUACCAUUAAGCAGGAGGAUGUUCAAGGGAAAGACGUUCGACUGGCUCGUUUCCUCUUUGAAACGGAGAACCUGGAGAACAUCGUGGGCGAGGAUGGAGGCUCCUUCAGGAGGGUCACGGAAAUCGACAUCCAGUCAGGCGACGUCUCCAGGAUGAAGUACAUCUUUGAGAACCGCUCAUCUGACAUCAUGAGCUCCACCUCCGAAGAAACAAUGCAGAGGCUGAAGACGCAGCAGGCCGAGGACAUCCAGCGGGGAAACGUGCUCAACUGCACCUGGAUGUUUGAGACGCAGCCGAUCGACGCGAUACGCGACGAUGAAGUGGACGCCAGGGAAAUCCGCACGGUGACCGAUGUCCAAGGAGGGGAUGUCAACAAAGGCCGCUUCAUUUUCGAAACAUACACUCUCGAUCAAAUAAAAGAGGAAUCCACUGAAACCGACAUCACCAAAAUCACCAGUAUCUUCAGAGAUGCAGGUGAGAAAGGAGAUGUAAAAAAUUAUACAAUGAUGUUUGAAACUCAGCCACUGUAUGCCAUUUGUGAUAAGGAUGGACAUUACCAUGAAGUGACCACGGUUACAAAAGAAGAAAUCUUGAAAGGAGAUGUGGUGGGCGCCCGAUGGCUCUUUGAGACAAAGCCUCUGGACUCAAUCAGAGAUUCUGAGGAAGUCUACGUGAUUAAAGCGGUGACCGAGGAAGGUGUCAACAAAGGAGACGUGAGCUCUGCCAGGUGGAGGUUCGAAACCCAACCUCUGGAUGAAAUCGCAGAGGAAAUCAAAGUGAGAUCAAAAACCGUUGCGGAUGUCCAAGGCGGAGACGUGAAGAUGAACAAGCAGCGGUUUGAAGCCGACGAGACGUCUCAAAAGUACAUCAGAACUGUCAGCGUGAGUGAAAUCCAAAAAGGUGACGUCAGAUCGGCCACAUGGAUGUUUGAAACACGCACCAUUGAUGAGAUCCAUGGCGUCGGCGCCGAGUAUGACGGAAUGGAGAAAGUGACAAAAGAGGAAGUGAUGAAAGGGGAUGUUAAGCAGUCCGUCUGGCUCUUUGAGAAAGAGCCUCUUGACAGGAUCAAAGACAGCGAUGGCACAGAGCUUGUCGUGACAAAGGAAGAAAUCCCACAGGCGGACGUGAAGACGACUACGUGGCUGUUUGAAACCACUCCGUUUCACGAAUUCAAUGAGAGCAGCCUGGAAAAAACUGAGAUAAUUGGUAAAAGCAUCAAGGAGACGCUGGAGGAGCUUUACAGCCAGAAAAUGGUGGACUCUCAGGGCAUUCUCAUCGAGACAGAUGAGAUCGGUGAUGUCCGGAUGGCUAAGUAUAAACUCCUGAACCAGGAGGCACCUCAAAUCCAGAGGCAAGAGGUCAUACGUGGAGAUCUGAGCAACAUCAUGAUGAACCUCCUCAAUCGUAGUGAAGUCACCGAAAGAGGAAUAAUUAUCGAUGCGGAUGAACGGGGCAAUAUCAACAGCACAGUGAAGCAGCUGUUCAACCAGGAGAAAGGAAUCAAUCUGGAGAAAGAGGAAAUUAUCCACGGUGACAUUCAAGAAGCAAUGAACAACCUGCUGAAGAGUGAAGGCUCCUCCAAGCGCGGCAUUCUGAUUCAAGAGGACGAGAAAGGAGACGUGAGAAUGACUAUAUACUCACUCUUGAACAAGGGCGAAAGAGCAAGCGCCGACAGAGAGGACAUUGUCCAUGGGAAUGUCAACAAAACUCUGCAUCGUCUCUUGUCCAACUCGGGGAGCGAAGAGUCCAAGAAGAUCAAGAUCGGUGACAGCGAAAGAGGUAACGUCAGCUUCUACUCUACCUGCAUCGAGUCUGGAGCUCUGGAUUAUCUGAAGCAGCUUCGUUAUGAAUCCGACGAAGACCAGGAAACGGUGCAAAAAGAGCGCAUCAUCGGAGGUGAUGUUGAAGAGACAAAAAUCCUUCUGCGGAAGAAUCAGCAGCAGAUCGGUCGCACGGUAGCAGAGGAUGAUAUCCUGCCUGGAGAUGUUCACAGCAUCGUCAAAGUCUUCAUGACAGAACCAAAUGUCACCUAUAAGAAUCUGCAGAAAGAGGACAUAGUGAAAGGAGACCUUGGUGCGGCCUUGGAUUCUCUGACCCAAGCCAUCAAUCAGAAGGUGGUAAUCGAGAAAGAGGAGGUGGUAAAGGGAGACAUACCCACCACUCUGAAGUCUUUGGAAGAGGCACAACAUCAAGCCAAAGAAAUGGAAAAGCCUGAAAUCGUCAAGGGAGACAUCAGAAGCGCUCUGGAGUCACUGGAGAAAUCUGUCUCCACAAAAACAGAGGCAACUGUUGAGGAUUUAGUUCCAGGUGAUAUCAAAGGUACCCUGAAGUCUCUGGAGGAAGCAAAGCAGGCUGUGAAAGAGGUGGAAAAAGAGGAAAUUGUCAAAGGGGAUAUUCACACCGCCAUGCUGAAUUUACAUGAGGCGUCAAGUGAUAAGAGGGUUUAUCAGCACCAAGUGAGCGAGCAAGGAGAUGUUCGAGGGACAAUUCAGCUCCUGCUGGAGCCAAAUACCUCUCCGAAAACACAGCGCCGAGGCAGCAUCGAGGGAGAUGUGAAAACGUCCAUAAAAUCCCUCUAUGAAGGGCAAGAGACAACACAGGUGGAAAAGGAGGAGGUUGUAAGAGGUGAUGUUCAGGGGACAAUUAAGUGUCUGAUGCAGAGGAAACAGUACUCGAACACAAAGCGUAUGCAUCCUUCCAAGAAAGCGAAAGCGCCCAUGAAAAAUCCAUCAGGCAUGAAACCAGCGGAGCAUGAAUGCAAGAGCGAGAGUGCAGCAGGCAGCUCAGCCCCCGCUGUGAAAAACCUUUCUCAGAGCCAAAGCAAAUCACUGAAAACGCAGGUGAUAACACAAGAGGUCCACUGUGCCGCUGUAACCAACACAGACAAUCCCACCAAGGCCUCUCAUCAGAAGAGCACCAAAGAGCUAAAACAAAAUCCGCCACCACCACCCCAGAAAAUCCAAACUAUGCAACCCGUUAUGGUAAAGAAUCAACAGAAGACUGAGAAUGAUCAAAUAGAGAGGAAAGAAGCUGAUAUGAAUGUGAUGAAAGAGGUGCAGAAAACCUCCCAGACAAGCUUUUCAAGCAAGCAAACCUGUGAAACGAAGACAAUCAAACAGGUGCACACGACUGUGACGGAGAAAAGCACGAUGCAUCAGCAGAACGCUUCCGAACGGGCAUCUAGAAAGCAGGAGGAGAGCAAGGUCAAAAGUGUGAAGGCUGAUCGCUGUGACGUCGAAACCAGAGGGAAAGGUAUCAUGAAAAUGAAGAAGGUCAAGCCGGAGAUUCACUUCCCCCCGCCCCCUUCUUCCCCGCCCCCGCCCUCAGAGUCGGACCUCUCUCUUCCUCCACCUCCAUCGCCGGUAGCUGACAACCCGGGAUCCUCUUCCCGUGCAUCCAUCAUGAGGCAAGACAGUGAUCUUCCUCCUCCUCCACCACCUCCUCCACCUUCUGUCGAAUGUGCCAAGUCCGAGGUGGAGUUUUUCCCACCUCCUCCACCCCCACCAGAUUUCCUUCCUCCACCACCAUCGCAGCAAGAGCUUAACACCAUGCCUCUGCCUCCCCCCACCAAGUUGGGGAAGCCUGUCGGGAGGCCAUUGUUCAAAGUGCCGAAGCAACCAGAAUCCCCAAAACAGCCCAUUCAGGUGAAACCUAAGUGGCAGAAAAAACAGCCAACCCCCCCUCCUCCCCCUCCUCCACCUCCAGCUUCAAUAGUCCAGGAGGAGGAUGUUAAAAUCCAGGAAGUGAAACAGGAAAAAAUUCAAGAGACAACAGCAGCGUUGCAAACUAAUUUCCAGAACAUCCCGGUAGUACAGCCGGUUCAAAAUCCAAGCCCAAAACCACCCAGAAAGGUGUUCGUUCCCCCCAUCAAACUGCCCCCUCCUCCCGAACCUGGAGCGGCACCAAAAGCAAAACCGCCCGCUCGGAAAUUUAAAACCCCCCUCAUGCUGGCAGAGGAGCGGUACCGCCAACAAAAGCAGGAGAAAGAGGAAAUGGAGAGGAGCAGAGUUACAACUCCCACCACUCCACCCGUUCACCUUCAGACCACUGAUGCCACUGUCCAGAUUUCUGCAGCUGAGACGUUGGAGAAAGAAGAAACAACCAAAGUCAUGACGGAAGCAACAAAGACAAAACACGAAGAAACAAAAAACGUUUCUAAAGAGGGAACACCUGCACAAGACAGACCCAAGAAAACCCUUUCCCAGAUCCCUUUAAGCAAGCCAACGAUCUCUGUUGUGAAUAAGAAGUUAGCAUCUGGUGGUUUGGCCAAAAUACAAGUUUCAAAAGAAUCAUCAUCAGAAAUAGUCAAAACGGAUCAAACUCCACUCAAGAAUCCAUCAGAUGCUGUUUCUCAGCUGCAUCGCGAGUCCUCAGAUAAAGACGUUCGGUCAAGUUCCAGCAUGGUCACUUCGUCUUUUACAGAGCAGCAGCAGUUUAUUAAGAAAUCCAUCACUUCUACACAGAGUUCUGUCCAUGAAAACCUUCAAAGUCAGGCAGCGGUCACAUCCAAAGAAGACGCUGUGAAGAAUAUUAAUGCUCCUUUUACAAAGGAGGGGAAAACAAGUCCAGCUCAACCCACUAGAAUUCCCAAGGUAACUCCUAGUUUCAAGGUGAAAACCUUCAAAAUGCCGGUGGAGAAGAAAGAGGAGAUUAGAGAAAAACAUUCACAGCAGGAGCAACAGAAAAGUGAGACAGUAACAGACCAGGGAGUGAACCAACAGACAUCAGCGAGAAUGGAGAUGAAGAAAGAAAUUAAAGUGAAAGAGAGGAAAACUGACAUGACCCCGCCUGUAGAGAUCCACACAAAGGCGGUGAAAAACGAAGAAGCGAAGCUGUUGGACAAGGUAACAUCCACAGCAACCAAUCAAGGACAACGUUUCAUGUCCGUCAGUCAGCAGAGUGCGAAGACAGAGCACAUUCAGGAGACCACCAUGACUGAGAGUGUGGUACAAAAGAGACAAGAGGCUGUUCACACACACACACAGCAAGCCAAGCUGCAAGCCACAAAUUCCAGCAGAAUACAAACCAAAUCCGGGAUGUCAAAGCAAGAGCCGAAAGACAGGCAGAAGGUUGAAACUCAACCUGCAGAGGUUCCAGAUGUGCUGAAAUGCAGCGUGAUGCAGAAGCUGCUGUCUGAGAUCAAAGAGCUGGAGGCCACACCCAGCAGAGUUGACUUCAACGCCGUCAGGACGGUGAUCGGCGAAGUGCCCGAGUGGGUGAUGGGCUCAGCUGAGAGGAAGAAUCUGACUGAAAUCGCCAAGCAACAAAGCAAGAAAAAACUGAAAGAGAUGGUGGUCUACGUGAGGAAUAUUGUUCAAGCUAAGCUCAUGUUUCUGGAGAAGACCUUGGUCGUGGUGGAAAAGGAGGCACCCCCAGCACCACUGGUGCCCCCAAAACCUGAGAGAAAAUUCACAAGCGGGACGAAAAUAUCAAAGAUCAGUAUCGGCUCGAGUAAAAGUGAGAAGAAAGUGGUGGAGGAGAAGAAGGAGCAGCAACAGCGGGGCGACGGUGUGGACCAGCGGGUUUCCUCUCCGUUAGCGAGCAUCCGUACUCCGUCGCCAACUUUCAUCAGCAUCGAGUCCCGAAAAGUAGACUCCCCUCUCAGGGUGACCUCCUCUCCUCCGCCCUACAAGUUAGUGGGGACGCCUCCACCGCCUCCUCGUAGGACGUACACGCCCACCUUCAGUCGGGCCACGCCUUCGCCGACCCUGAGCCGCUCCGAGAAGCUGAUGAAGCUGCGGGACACCACCUCCAUGCUGGCUCGUGGCGUCACCCCCCCGCCUCUCACGCCGGAGAGGUUGGAAAGAGAGCGGAGUCUUUCGACGAGCGAGCAGGAGGUGAUGGACGUGGCGGAAAUGGUGGAUUCCAUGACGACGGUACGGGAUAAGAAGUCUUUCUUCGAGGAGGCUCAGAAGGCGGAGGUCAACAGGAUGUAUCUGCGGAAGGAUCCCAUCGACAUCCCCGAACGCCUAGGGCCCGACACCGAGGAGGCUGCCGAGGGCGUGAGUGUUGACCUUCUGAAAGACGACCUCCCGAGGAUCGAUUUAACUAAACUGGUGAACAAGUUCGAGUCCCCGAAACCGAAACGUUACAUCAGAAAGGAUCCCAUCACGAUCGCGGAGCGGCUCGGGAGCGACACAGAGGACGCAGAGGUGGAGGCGCACACGCCAAGAACCGAGGAAUUCCCCACGUUCAACGUCAGAGCGAUAAAGGACGUGUUCGAGACGGGCGAGCUGGAGUCCCAGGCUGCCCGGGAGCUCCGAGAGCAAAUCGAAAGAAGGGAGCCGGAGGCGGCGCCGUACGACCCGGCGGGUCACUCUGCCACAUCGGUCACCGAGCGUUUCUGCAGCGUCGACGACUUUGGGAAUGUGAUGACGGAGACGAGAAGUGAGGUGCACUCGGGGGGUACCGCCGCCGCCCGCGGCAACCCGCCAUCCUACGCCGACGUGGUGAGGGGCGCGGUCCCCACGGUGGCGGUUCCUCCCGAGGCGUCCACAGAGGAGCUGCUGAGGAACUUCCAGCAAUCCUGGGCCGAGAGCCAGGGGGUCUUCCAGAACCUGGGCUUCAGCGUCACGGAGCAGAGGACCUCGCAGAUCGUGACCCGGCAGCAGCAGACUGUCGUCACGGAGAAUUCGAAUUCCAGAGUCCGAACUGUGCAGGACGUGUCGGAAGAGGGUGUACCCCAUGGAAUCACUGAUCGCAGACAAACACAACUUCCAUAAAAGCUGCUUCCGCUGUGAACACUGCAGAGGCAAACUAAGUCUUGGAAACUACGCCUCUCUCCAUGGACGGAUGUACUGCAAACCGCACUACAAGCAACUCUUCAAAGCCAAAGGAAACUACGACGAGGGAUUCGGACAAAAACCCCACAAAGAGCUCUGGAAUAACCGGAACCAGCAGACC